ACUUGGUCCCUCUGAGCAGCAUAUCUCUAGCACCCUCACUUAUCAUCAUGAUGAAGACCAUCACUGCUUUAGCUCUUCUUAGCCUGGCAGCCACUACCUGGGCUGUCUCUCUACCUGGGACGGAGGUGGUUUGCUCCAAAUACUUGAGAAACAGCUUUCAGCUUGCCUGCUCAAGGGAGCUGAACCCAAUAUGCGGCAUAGAUAAUCGUGUUUACAGUAAUGAAUGCAUGUACUGUCUCCUGAACCAAGAAAAAGGACUUACACUCAGAAAACUUCAUGAUGGAAAAUGUAUUGAGUGCACCCAUUUUUCUGAUGCCUGCACCAUGGAGUAUAUACCGCACUGUGGAUCUGAUGGUGUGGUGUACGCCAACAAGUGUUUGUUUUGCAACGGUGUUGUGAAGAGCCGUGGUGCACUUUAUUUGGCAAAUUAUGGAUCAUGCAAGUCUCCCUGAUGCUCAAGGGCAACAAGCUUCCUUUAGCAGAUUCCACGUAGAGAACCAGUUUCCCUGGGAUACUGUAGGGGGCAAACAUAUGGAUUUGAUUUUUCAAUAAAAGAAUCU